UGUAUAUGGCCGGAUGCUUAACACACUGAAAAAUCAUGAAAUUUCAAACGCUGUGGGAACCGUGGCGGUAAAAAAUACGAAGAUAUUUAUGAGUUAUAUCGGUAGCUAUAUCACAACCAAAGACAUUUCCAACUCCGAACUUUGCAUCGUCCAAAAGGAAAGUGGUGUAUUUGACCAGAGCAUGUUUACCGAUAUUACUAUGGUUUAUAUAGCCGAAUCAUUCAAAUUGGACUUGUAUAUAAAUCGCACUCAGGAACCUAGAGGAUUUGCUAAUAUAAAGACUAACGGAAAAUGGAAAGCUUGAAAUUGAAACACGAGCCUGUCUGUAUUCGCGAUUUUGAAAUUUUCGCUAAAGAUUUUCUGCCAAAGGCCGUAUUUGAUUAUUACGCCUCCGCAGCGAAUGACGAGCAGACAAUCUCGGAAUCAACAGCAGCUUUUAAACGGUUAAAACUUUUACCACGAGUUCUGCGAAAUGUGUCCGCCGUUGACAUGUCAACAUCGAUUCUUGGUGAAAAAAUUGAAGUCCCAUUUUGUAUAGCACCGACUGGCAUGCAGAAACUUGCGCAUCCCGACGGGGAACUUGCAACAGCUAGAGCUAGCUCCCGAAAUGACACAUGCAUGACCCUGAGUUGCUGGUCAUUGACAAGGCUUGAAGACGUCGCCUCAGGCUCUGAUGGAUUGAAAUGGUUCCAAACAGACAUUCUAGGAGAUCGAAAUAUUAUGGCGAGUCUUAUUAGACGUGCAGAGGCUGCAGGAUAUAAAGCAAUCGUUUUGACGGUUGACAUGCCAAUCUGUGGUAAACGACACACCCAGAUUCGCUACGUGUUUACCGGCUUACCGCCAAUACCUAACAUAAAGGAGGCAUUCGAUUCGAAGGAUAUGUUAGAGUUUGGUAGUGGCUCUGUGGACAAAAUCCACGAUAGAUCAGCUACAUGGGACACGAUCAUUCCCUGGGUAAAGUCUAUUACAUCAUUACCAGUAGUAGUAAAAGGAAUACUUACCGCUGAAGAUGCAAAACUAGCGGUAAAAUGUGGUGUUGAUGGCAUCAUUGUUUCAAAUCAUGGAGGUCGACAACUAGACUGUGUUCCCGCGACGAUUGAAGUUUUACCGUCAAUAGUGUCCGCUGUCGGUCAAGAUGUGGAAGUGUAUCUGGACGGUGGUAUAAGGUUUGGUUAGGAUAUUUUCAAAGCCUUGGCUUUAGGGGCAAAAGCGGUGUUUAUCGGGAGGCCGAUCCUAUGGGGUCUUGCCUAUCAGGUAAAAACCAUAAAUUAAAUG